AUGCUGAACGUCAGCAGACCCAGCGCACGCGUCUUGCGCGCCGUACGUGCCCAGACUUCGACUGGCCGCCGACGCGCUGCGGUCCGCACCUUCGCCACCAGGGACAUCGACAAAGCAAGGCGCGAGGAGGCAAGGACGAAAACAUCCCAUGAGGCGGUCUCGGGGUCACUGCGCGAACCUACCAUCCAAGAACUCUACUCCCUCAAGGGGAGGACAGCUAUCGUAACUGGCGGCGGCCGCGGCCUCGGCGUCUCCAUUGCUGGCGCAUACCUUGAAGCCGGCGCCGACGUAUACUGCGUCGACGUCCUUCCCACAGCCGCCUCGCCCGAAGAAUGGGACAGGCUAUCCUCGCUCGCGAAGAGCUCAGGCCUAACCCUCGGCUAUCGCCAACUCGACAUAACGAAGCAGGCGCAGGUGAAUGAGGUGUUCAGGGAUAUCGCCGCCGAAGCGCCCACGCCAGUAAGGGUGCUCAUGGCGUCCGCGGGGAUCCAGCACGAGAGCGAUGCUAUCGACUACGAUGAGGCCGACGUGCGGCGCGUCAUUGACGUGAACACAGUCGGCACCUUCAACUCUGUGCAGGCCGCCGCGCGCCUCAUGCAGCAGCAUAAUCUCGGCGGCUCCAUCGCCAUGAUCGCUUCCAUGAGCGCGACCAUAGCGAAUCGCGGGCUCACCUGCGUGCCAUACAACGCCUCCAAAGCCGCCCUCGUCCAAAUGGCGCGCUCCCUCGCCAUGGAAUGGGCCCCCGCCAUCCGCGUCAACACCCUCAGCCCGGGCUACAUCAAGACCAUCCUCACCGAGCGCCUCGUCCAGGACAACCCGCACCGCCUCGAGCGCUGGGAGGGCGAUAACCCUCUGGGGCGCAUGUCCCUGCCGUGGGAGUACAAGGGCCCCGCGGUCUUCCUCGCCUCGGACGCGAGCUCGUUCGUGAAUGGGUUCGAUUUGCGGUGCGAGUGA